AUGGUAGCCCUGGUGACCGUUAGCUCUUCAGUCAUAGCAGAAAAACGGACAGCGCACCACCCACACGGCAAGGCAGAUAACCAACGCCCGUUUCCUCCUCCAUCCAGGGCUCCUCUGCACGUCCCUGGCGCUUUUGUCCAGAUUGGUGGGCAGACCUUCAUAAGGUACGAGGAAACACUGAACUGGUCGUCGGCCCUGCUCUUCUGCCGCCGACGCUACAUGGACCUGGCCAACCUGCAGAUGGUGGCUGACGGCGAUCUACUGAGGCCCAUCACCAGCGGGACGGAGGCCUGGAUCGGCCUCUACUACGACACCAGUACCAGAUCCAAGAUGUGGUCCAGCAACCUGGGCACCAGCAUCCCUCCGUGGCUGAUUGUACCCAUGCUGGAGCAAAGCAAGUGUGUUGGACUCCGCAAUGCCUACUACCUUGCCGCUUCGGCCUUGAACUGCUCCUGCUUGCAGCCCUUCAUCUGCUUCUCUGGGCACACCUUUGGAAUCCUGAGAGCAGAUUUUGUCGUCUCCUCUCUGACGAACCCGGAAGAGAUGAAAGACCAGUUUCUGAGUGAGGUCCAAGAAGUCUUAAAGCAGAUAUUAGGUCACGAGCAGUUCAGCCUGAAAUGGGUUGGCUUCGAGGUGAAGAAAAGAUAG